AUGAACUUUGAUGGUUUCGAUGAAGUAUGGAGGGCUUCAGGUGGAAUUCAUUUUUAUGUUCUCUUCCAAGAUCAUCUUCUUCACGACAAAAUUCAACAAAUUGGGACAAGGAUCAGUUUGGCAUCGGGUUCGUCGGCUCUAACAAGUAAGGACUGUGCAUCGGGAAAAAAAGUGGAUUUGCACAUUCAAUUUUUGUUUGUUUUUUUAUUUAUUGGUACUAUUAUAGUAUUGGGCACAAGCAUUGCAGUUAGACAUGGCUCCGGGGCUCGGCCGGGCCGAAAAUCACGGCCCACUAGCCAUGUAUAAUUUCAGUUGAACAACGCGGGAAGAUCUUUGGUAUACAUAGAAGGCAGAGAAUAGAAAAGGUCCGAGGACGCUCUCGUGAGGCUCGGUGGCAUGAUCAGCAAAAGAGAAGGAGUUGA